UUUGUACGGUUUAUUGUUUUGUAGUGUUUAGUGAUUUGUAUAGUGUUAUUAAAUCAUAUUGAACACGAUGAUGCUUAUUAUUUGUAUUUCUUUUAUCGUUUUAAGAUCAACUCCAGCAUUUUCUAAUCCUACCGGGUGUCCAUCGACAUCGUUCAAUCCAGCCGGUGACGAGCAAAUCGAUCACACCCACUUCUUGUUUAACGACAUUAGCAGUCUGUAUCUAAGCAAAAGGUUUUCGGAUGUUUAUGUAGUUGUAGAUAAUGAAGAGUUCGACGCCCAUCGUGUUGUGUUAGCCUCACGCAGUGAAUACUUCAGUAAGUUACUGUUUGGAGAACAUAUAGAAUCACGUGAAACGAAGGUACCAAUAAAAGAAGGAUCAGCAACCUCAGUUAAAGUACUUCUUAAGUACAUUUAUUCUGGUCGAAUAAAUUUAAGUGAUCUUGAGAGUAAUGUUGUUUUGGAAUUAUUAAUUCUUUCGAAUGUAUAUCAAUUUUCAAACUUACAAUUUUCACUGACCGAGUAUUUGCUGAGUAACACCGAUGUACACAAUGUAAGUACGUUAUUGGCUGUGGCACUUUACUAUCAAAUCAAAGAACUAGAAAUCGGUUCACUCAAUUUUAUCGACUUCUACGUAUUGGAUGUAUUGCAAUCUGAAGAUUCUCUCUCUUUGACGACCGAAGCAUUUCAACUAAUUCUCAGUCGUGACACGGCUUAUGCUAAUGAAUUAGAUAUAUUCCAUGCGGUUUGUCGCUGGAUUAAAAAGAACCAAGACCAACUGCAACCUGAUGAUAAAACCAACAUUUUAUCUGCCGUCAGAUAUCAGCUUAUGGAUGAAGAAGAACUGUCUGAAGUUAGGCGAUCAGAGCUGGUUUGUUCGGAUACAAUUAUUUUGAAUGUCAUAAAAUCGAGAAAAGAGUCCCUCAUAAGUGCACUUGGUAACUAUCGAGGGAAAUUAGAACCCAAUGUGAAUUUUGCACAAGGAAUUAAACCUUCUAAAAUUAACGGUGGUACCAUGAUCAUGUUGCAUCAUCCAUCGAAUAUUAACUAUAUUGAAAUUAUGUUACGUGAUGAAGUUUUAGGGUCUUACUUGUAUUACACUUAUUUUAUUGAAGUAUCAAUGGAUCAGAACAGUUGGUUACGUGUAAUAAAUCAUUCAAAUUACAAUUGUCGGUUAGUUCAACGUUUGUGGAUUAACCGAAGAUUUGUUCGAUACAUUCGAAUUAUUGGCACCAACAAUACUAUAAAUAAGACUUUUGACAUUUUGAAAGUCAUGUACAAUACAGACAAAAUGCACUUGGUGGAAAUCAAAAACGGAUUAGUGGCUCCAAAGUACAAUGUUGCUUUAGCAUCUAUGAGUGCAACUGUAAUUGAAGGAAAGUCAUGGAAUUUGAGAGUCCAAAAAAACAUUCUUUUGGAUGGUGACUAUAAAAAUUACGAUAAGAAUAGGGGAUUUAUGUAUCAUAUCCUAGAAAAGGAGUUUUUAGAGGUUCAACUCUCCCAGCCGUAUGUGCUUAGUUCAAUGAGGCUGCUGCUUUGGGAUUGCGAUAGCCGAACCUCCUACGGUUACACUGUUGAAACUUCGGUCGAUUAUAAAGACUGGUACAUGAUUGUAGAUAAAUCUAACGAGUCGGCACGAUCGUGGCAGUUGUUGAAAUUUGAUCCCAGGAUAAUAGUAUACAUACGAAUUACUGGCGUUCGCUGUUCAAUAAAGAAUGAGAUAUACUUUAAAUGUGUACAUUUGGAGGCACCUGCUCAAGUAUCGCUAGAUUCCAACGUCGCGCCUCUCCAACCAAAACGGCGGCUGUUCAUAUCACGGCUUUUGGGUCGUAGUAAAAACCACGGUUCGUCCGAAGGAUGACUUCUAUAUGGAACAAAUAGGGUUUUUUUUACAUAUUUUAUUACUGGUUACUGUCAUUUUUUUAAUACUUAUUUCAAUAUACAAACCUUGUUUGUGAUAUAA